AUGGCAUCCACAACUCUCCUCGACUCCCUCAAGUCCGCCUCCCUCCUCCCCUCCCCCAUCAUCCCACAUGACUUCACCCCCGCCUACGACCUCAGCGUAUCCUACCCAUCCAAAUCGCCCUCCCAUGGCUCCCUAGUCCGCGUCAGCGACGUAAAAGACACGCCCAAAGUCACCUUCUCAGCCACCUCGGACUCAUCCUCCGCUCAAUCCUUCACAUUCUUCCUCAUCGACCCGGACGCGCCGACGCCAGACGACCCCAAAUUCGCUUACUGGCGCCACUGGGUCGUGACCAACAUCCCGCUCUCCUCGGGAUCAGGGGAUGUCAAGGAGGGCAAGACGCUGACGCAGUACCUUGCGCCCGGGCCAAAGGAUGAGAGUGGACCGCAUCGGUAUCUGUUUCUGCUGUUCAAGGAGCCGCAGGGGCUCAGUAUUGAGAAGAGCGACGUCGGUGGUGAGGAAUUUGUGGAUCGCAGGAGCUUUGGGGCAAAGGAGUUUGUUGAGAAGCAUGGGCUGGAGUUGGUGGGCGUGCAGUGGAUGAGGGGUGUUGGUGAUGGGUGGAAUGACGGGAAGGACGAAUUGUAA